CAUGUUGACCCCAAAACACACAAACAAAAUGCAAAACAUAAAGUAGUUAGGGAUUCCAGUCAAAGUUAACAAACAACCCAUUAAUAUUAAACCACUCCAUCAUUAUGAUUUGUGAACAUUUCCUCCAAAGGAAGCUGUUUUUAAUUCCUAAUGAUGAGUGCUCACAUUAACCCCUCUUUCCUCUUUGCUGCACUCUUGCUUUCCACUGCCUUUUUAGCCACCGUGGCCGGCAGCGGCCGUCGGAAUGUUAAGGCGCAGCAGGAGAAGGAUAGGAUCAUCAAGCUCCCGGGGCAACCACCAAAAGUGAACUUCUCUCAGUACUCUGGUUAUGUUACUGUGGACAAAAGAGCAGGCCGAGCCCUCUUUUACUGGUUGAUUCAGGUCCCGGAAAGGAGCCGGCCCACUUCAAAGCCAUUAGUAUUGUGGCUCAAUGGUGGGCCGGGCUGUUCAUCAAUCGCUUAUGGGGCCUCCGAGGAAGUGGGUCCCUUCCGGGUUCGAUCGGACGGCAAAACGUUGUCUUUGAAUCCGCACGCCUGGAAUAAAGAGGCAAACUUGCUAUUUCUCGAUUCGCCGGCGGGGGUUGGAUUUUCGUACUCAAAUACGUCGGCGGGUUUGUACACCGUCGGCGACAGGAGGACAGCUGAUGAAGCUUACACAUUUCUGAUGAAAUGGUUAGGGAGGUUCCCUCAGUACAUGCACAGGCCGUUCUACAUCGCCGGAGAAAGCUACGCAGGUCAUUACAUUCCUGAAUUAUCUCGAAUUAUAGUCCGCCGGAACAAGGGUGUGCAGAAUCCCAUUCUCAAUUUCAAAGGUUUUUUGUUGGGCAAUCCUCUUAUAGAUGAUUAUUACGAUAACAUUGGAACAUAUGAGUACUGGUGGAACCAUGGCUUGAUUUCGGAUUCUACAUACAAUCAACUCAAGAAGUCAUGCCCACACCAAUCUUUCUUGUUCCCUCGAGGUGAAUGCUGCAUUGCCCUGACUCAGGCUUAUAAUGAAUUCGGAGACAUCAAUCACUACAACAUUUAUGGCAAUUCUUGCUCUGGGAUUUCUACUCUGAGGCAGAAUUUGAGGCAACCGUUGCCAUGGACAUUCAGAGGGAAUGAUGAAUGCGUCGUAAUGCACACCAAGAAGUACAUGAACAACCCUAGAGUACAGAAGGCUCUUCAUGCCAAUGUUACUCGGAAAAUUCCUUAUCGUUGGGCAGCUUGCAGUUCUGCUACCAGGGGAAAUUGGUCUGAUUCUCCAAAAUCCAUGCUUCCUAUCUUCAAAGAACUUAUAGCAGCUGGUAUUAGGAUCUGGCUAUUUAGUGGUGACACGGAUGCAAUUUUGCCCUUAACUGCAACCCGGUAUUCAAUUAAUGCACUUGAACUCAAGACUUCUGGAGAUUGGUAUGCUUGGGUGGAUGAUCAAGGAGAGGUUGGUGGUUGGAGCCAAAUAUACAAGGGUCUCACCUAUGUGACGGUGAGGGGGGCAGGGCAUGAGGUUCCUUUCACUCAGCCUCAACGUGCCAUGGUAUUGUUUAGGUACUUUUUGAGAAACUUACCCAUGCCAGCCCCUGUUGGGUAGACUUUCUUUUAUUAAUCAAUACAGAAUUUUCAUAUAGUUAGCAAUAGAAACCAAAAGUGGGCUGGGAAGAAAAUUUUCAAUUUCUGGGAGAUUACAGUCAUUCGUUUCGUCAGCAGUACUUGCAUUUGUUAUAUUGUACUGUAUUCAUCAAAUAAAAGUGAAAUUGUUUG